AUGCGGGAGGAGCCGCGUCCGCGGCCUCCGCCCUCGGGCCUCGCGGGUCUCCUGUUCCUGGCUUUGUGCAGUCGGGCCCUAAGCAAUGAGAUUCUGGGUCUGAAGCUGCCCGGCGAGCCGCCGCUGACCGCCAACACCGUAUGCUUGACGCUGUCGGGCCUGAGCAAGCGGCAGUUAGGCCUGUGCCUGCGCAGCCCCGACGUGACGGCGUCCGCGCUUCAGGGCCUGCACAUCGCGGUCCACGAGUGUCAGCACCAGAUGCGUGACCAGCGCUGGAACUGCUCGGCGCUCGAGGGCGGCGGCCGCCUGCCGCACCACAGCGCCAUCCUCAAGCGCGGUUUCCGAGAGAGCGCUUUUUCCUUCUCCAUGCUGGCUGCUGGGGUCAUGCAUGCGGUAGCCACAGCCUGCAGCCUGGGCAAGCUGGUGAGCUGCAGCUGCGGCUGGAAGGGCAGUGGCGAGCAGGAUCGGCUGAGGGCCAAACUGCUGCAGCUGCAGGCACUGUCCCGGGGCAAGAGUUUUCCCCACUCCCUGCCCAGCCCGGGCCCUGGCUCAGGCCCCAGCCCUGGCCCCCAGGACACAUGGGAAUGGGGUGGCUGUAACCAUGACAUGGACUUUGGAGAGAAGUUCUCUCGGGAUUUCUUGGAUUCCAGGGAAGCUCCCCGGGACAUCCAGGCACGAAUGCGAAUCCACAACAACAGGGUGGGGCGUCAGGUGGUAACUGAAAACCUGAAGCGGAAAUGCAAGUGCCAUGGCACAUCAGGCAGCUGCCAGUUCAAGACGUGCUGGAGGUCAGCCCCAGAGUUCCGGGUGGUAGGGGCAGCCUUGAGGGAGCGGCUGGGCCGGGCCAUCUUCAUUGAUACUCACAACCGCAACUCUGGAGCCUUCCAACCCCGCCUUCGUCCCCGUCGCCUCUCAGGAGAACUGGUCUACUUUGAGAAGUCUCCUGACUUCUGUGAGCGAGACCCCACCAUGGGCUCCCCAGGCACGCGGGGCCGGGCCUGCAACAAGACCAGCCGCCUGCUGGAUGGCUGUGGCAGCCUGUGCUGUGGCCGCGGCCACAACGUGCUCCGGCAGACACGAGUUGAGCGCUGUCAUUGCCGCUUCCACUGGUGCUGCUACGUGCUAUGUGAUGAGUGCAAGGUCACAGAGUGGGUCAACGUGUGUAAGUGA